AUGGUGGAAAAUGAUUACGUCACUGAAAUGGAGCAGGCGAUGUUUGCCCUCAAAGAAUUUUCAGAAACUACGGGCGCUGCUUUUGGCCCUUAUCUGCAGGCGGUGUUUGAGAAUGUAUAUAAAGUGAUUGAACAUCCGUUACCAUCAGUACGUAAGGCGUGUGUUGAGAGUCUUUCCAAAUUUCUGACGGCUUUCCAUCGCCUGGGCAAUGAAACGGCCUUUACCGAAUACUCUAAGAUUAUAGUACGCAAAUUCUAUGAGAUGAUUAUUAAAGAUGAUAACCGGACUGUGGUUGUUAAUAUUCUGGAUGAUUUAAUUGACCUCAUCAGGGACUUUGAGGCAGCCGCUAUACAAUCUCAAGAGGUUGUGAAAUUGCUCUUCAAGGCCACCCGUAGGUUAUUGACCCAAUCAACUAGAUGUCAAAACUUUGAAGGACGUCAGGACAAUCUAGACGCAGCGGAAGGCAGUAGACUAGAUGAGAUGCUUAUUGGUUAUGCUGCUGGCUUAUUUGUGGAAUUGGGAUAUGCUACCGAACCGGCACAAUAUGCCGUAUAUUUUGACAAAGGUAUAUGCAUACUGUCUAAAAUGCUAAGAAUGGCCAUAGAUAAUAAUUGUGCUGCACGGAGGACUCUGAUAUACGAAACCAUCGCUGAUAGUAUCAAGCACCUGAACAUGCAAGUUGUCGACUAUUUUGAUUCCCUAUUUAAUGUUUUCUUUAAUGGGACAAAUGACGCAGAAGCCAAGUGUCGCCAGCAUUGCUAUUAUGGCCUAGGAGAGCUACUAUUUUAUGGAGAUACCAAAUCUCCAGGAGCUUGGCCUGAGGUUGUCAAAUGCAUAGCCAAUGCCAUGACAAAGGAGACGGAACCAGCUGUAAGAGAUCGCAUUUGCAGUGCCCUAUCACGUCUUUUGAUGACAAAUCCAACGGACUUUCAAUUUGAAGAGAUUCUAUCAGCCCUGUUAGAUCUCUUGCCCUUGCGUGAAGAAUUUUCGGACUAUGAUGCAAUUCUACAGGCUUUUCAAUAUGCUUAUACAGAGCCACGUGGCCGUCAGCUCAACUUUGUACAUCGGAUAUUGGAACUAACACUGCGGAUUUUGUUUAGCAAGAACUUGCCCGAUUCAGCAGAAUGCACUGCAAUAGAAUUAUUUCAGAAAAUUGCUGAAGAAAACCGACAAAUUGUUACAUCGAUAUGUGCUGCUAAUCCCGAAUUUCACGAUUUUGUAAUGUCUUUAUAA